AUGACAACGUCAACGACCACUUCACCCUGGCUCUGGAGCACGACGACCGCAAAAAGGACCGCUCCUGCACCUGCUGAAGACGUCGCAACAGCUGCUCGCGAAAGGAGCAGCGAAGAUGUCAACAAACGGAUUCUCAACGCGCUUCUCGGUCUGGAAGAGCGUGUGAUGCGCAUGGAGGCUUCGCAGAUCAAGACUGAAGAAGACGAGCGCAUGCGCGGCGCGAUUGAGAGUGGGAUGUUCAGCUCCGCGCUCGGGCGUGACUUUGGGCGAGAAACGAUGACGCGAGACGCUCUCGGAUUUGCGCCGGCAGUGCGCAAUGCCUCGUCGCCACAUGGCCCGUACCACGGUUCGCGCGGUGCGCCGCUUAUGCCGCAGUACACGCCUCCGCUCGGGCAGCCACAAGCUCCUCAAGUGGGACCAGCAGCAGCGCCGCCUCCAGCUGCUGCUUACGUGCCUGUGGGGAAGUACCGUGUGCCCGAUGCUCGACAGCGCAAGCUCGCCAUCCGGAAGUUUGAUGGCAGCGAGCUCUACCAAGGUCUAGGCUCAAACUUCUUCGAUUGGGGUAAGUCGUUUUGGCGACAAGUCGACAUGGCUCAAGCAGCGUGCGGCUUCCUAUGGACCGAAGAUACCAAGACUGACGUCCUCGGGCAGUAUCUCUCGGGUACUGCAGAACGUUAUUUUAACAAGCAGAUUAACGCUUGGUGGUCGGUGCUGCCGACACUGCAGUUCGUCAUGGAAAAGAUGCUCCAGACAUUCCGUACAACGAUCACAGCGUCGCAGGCCAUGAGGCUGUUUACAGCGAAAAAGGACUCGAAGCGAACGUGGCCAGAACACUAUCUUUAUCUCGUGGCGGUGAGCGACGCUUGCGGAGGUGCCGAUUCGAACGUGCUGGACAACAUCGUGCGAUAUGCAUCGGCCGAACUGUCCACUGUCCUCAUGGCAAAGUACGACACCUCGCGCGUCGACCACCUCGCGCAUGCAGAAGAACUCGCUCACUUUGCCCAAUCGAUCGAGCUCGAUGCGCGUUCAAGUCGCUCAUUUGUCGGCCAUCUGAAGCGCGACUGCCGAAGAAAAGAGAAGAAGCCGACUGGAAGACCCAGUGGAAGUCGCAACGAUGGUGCGAACCUCACUCUAUCGAUCGACGAAGACCCGAGCAGUGACAACAGCGUGUGGAUCCUGGAUAGUGGAUCCAGCCUACACAUUGUCAACGACGAUCGACUGCUGAUUAACGCAAAGCGAUGUGACCCAGAGUGCAUUGUCGCAGAUGGUGAGCCGUUUCGCCUAUCGCUUGUCGGUAGUGUGGACAUUCGCGUGUUUGUCGACCAGCAGCCCCGUAUGAUUCGCGUAACAGACGUCUACUUCGCGCCGCUGCUCGCUCGCAACAUCCUGUCAUGCGGCAAGCUCGUGAAGAAAGGGUACAGUCUCGUGCACGACGACCAGCAGCUAUCACUCGCCAACCAAGACACAGGCGACGUAGCGUUUGACGUGCAGAUGCGCAACAACGUAUUCUACGUGGCAACGUCGCCAGAAACGGGACGCAAGCAGUCGCCUACAGAUGUGUUACUGGCGGCGAUCACCGAAGAAAUGACGGUGCCCGUGCGACAGGAUGUGCAAAGCGGGACACUAAUGCACUUUCACGAACGACUCGGUCAUAUUGCUCUCGACACCAUCGAGCGAAUGGCGCAGGAUCCGGCAAGUGGCAUCGAGCUCACCGACCGUAAACGGCUCACGUGCAUCACCUGUGCUGAGGCGAAGCAAACACGAAAUGCACAAUCGCGGAAAGACAGCGGCAGGCACAGCCCGAUCGAUCGUAUCGGCGGUGUCAUCUGUUCGGAUCUCAAAGGACCGAUGACCCCCGCCGACCGCCUGAAGAACCGUUAUAUGGUCAACUUCAUCGAUCAUUACAGCAACUACUGCCGCGUGUUUCUCGCGCCUACCAGGGACAAGGCCGCCAAGAAGUUCGAACACUUCCUUGCGUGGUUCGAAAAGAGUUUCGACUGCCGAAUCCAUGUGCUUCGCACAGAUGGAGGCGGCGAGUACAUGAACGUUGAUCUGUUUUGCAAGGCAGCAGGCGUCGAGCGACAGAAUAGUGAAGCUCGAAACCAGGCUUCAAACGGAAAGGCGGAGCGAAUGCAUCGCACUGUGCUUAACAUGGCGCGGUCGAUGAUUUUUGCAAACCGCUUGCCGCUGUAUUUCUGGGGAGAUGCCGUCGAAUACGCUGCAUUCGUUCUGAAUAGAAGUCCAACCAGUGCGAAUGCACGCCGCGCGUCGCCACUACAAAUGCUGACGAAGCAGACACCAGACCUGCGCGAGAUCGUUGCGUUCGGGUCGAUCUGCACGGUGUAUCGCGAUCCACGCAAGAACUCGCUCAAGCAACGAGCGCAAGUGAGAGUGAUCGUCGGUCGUAGCGACGAAACUAAGGGUGACGAGCAGAACGAUCGGUUGCAGCGCGUACUCGAUGACGCAGAUAAGGACGAACGUGCGAUUGCGCAAGCACCGAAGGAUGCUACGAAGAAGAAGAAGCAGUGGACGCACACAGCACACGGCACACGAAGCGCAUCGAAGCGUGCUCAAGUGUCUGCAGCUCAGGAGGAGCCAGCAAGCGCGAUCGACAUCGCCGCUCACCUGUACGAACGUGAUCCGACCAACAACAGCGAGGCAAUGCGGAGCACGAAGCGUCCCGACUGGGAAAAAGCGAUGCGUGAAGAAAUCGCAGCGCUCGAAGCGAACGAUGUGUGGCGUGUGAUCAAGCGCCCUGCCGGUAGCAACGCGCUGCAUAGCAAGUGGGUUUACAAAACAAAAACCGACGCACAUGGCGACCUGGAGCGCUACAAGGCUCGACUGGUCGCAUGUGGCAAUGAACAGGUGUUCGGCAUCGACUACCAGCUCACCUUCGCGGCCGUCAUGGACAUGUCGACCGUGAAGGUUAUUAUCGCGCUUGCAGCAACACGGAACGUGCCAGCCAAACACGGGGACAUUCCAAAUGCCUACGUUCGCGCAAAUAAGGAAGCGAACCUCGAGAUCCUGCUUCAAGUACCACGCGGCAUGGAGGUGAACGACACGACGUUGCAGCAAUUAGGAGAAAAGGACAAGAACGGUGUCGUGUUGCAGCUCAAGAAGAGCUUAUAUGGGUUAAAGCAGGCGGGACGCCUGUGGAGCCAGUUGCUACACUCAAGCCUCACCGAUGCCGGUUUCCUACGUUGUUGCUCGGACAUGUGUUUGUACUGGAAGUAUGAAGGCGCCGAGCUCGUCGUCGUAGGAGCAUACGUCGACGAUCUCCUCGUGACCGGCACCAGCACUGCAGUUGUCGAUCGCUUCUUUGUGAGCUUAUCGACACUCGCGAUUAAGGAUCUCGGCGAAGUAAGCAAGUUUCUGGGAAUGCGCGUCACGCGUGACGGCUCAAGCUACACGCUUGAUCAAGAGGAAUCGAUCAAGGACCUGCUGCGCGAGCACGGCCUCGAGGCGGCGAACCCGACGCGCGCACCAAUCAGUGCCGACUGCUACGACGCCGACGAAGGCGGCAUGAAGAUGCUUAAGGUCUUGUCAUCGUCUGGAGAGCCAACAGUGAAGUCGUUCCAGUCGCUCGUCGGCAGUUUGCUUUGGAUAGCACGUUGCACGCGUCCAGAUGUCGCGUUUGCGGUGCAUAAAGCAACUCGACAGACGCACGCACCUCGGCUCAAGGACUGGAAGUUGGCGAAGCGUAUUGCUCGCUAUCUCAAGGGCACAACUGCCUUGAAGAUGAUCAUGACUCCAGUGCAUGACGCGAGCUCUCCAAUUACGCUCGAGGCGUACAGCGACGCUAAUUACGCCGCGGACAAGAGCGACCGCAAGUCCCUAACUGGCAGUGUCGUGCUCGUGAACGGCAUGGCUGUCAGCUGGGCGUCGCGCAAGCAAGGCGGCGUGACACUCUCGACCAUGGAGGCCGAGUUUGUGGCCGCGUCGGAGACUGCACGAGAACUUCUCGGCAUUCGAGAGAUGCUCGGUGAGGUGGGCAUGGCACCUGAGCUGCCCAUGACGCUUCAUGUUGACAACCAAGCAGCGAUACGACAGCUCGACGGCGAAGCGACAUCGAUGAAGGCAAAGCACAUCGACGUGCGAGUCAAGUUUGUGUGCGAUUUCGUGCGUCGUGGCGUGAUCAAGGCUCAAUACGUCCACACAGACGAACAGCUUGCCGACGCACUGACAAAAGCCCUCGACGCGCCAAAGCUCGCAGCGAUGAGAAAGCUCCUCGGUGUGGCGUAG